ACCCCUUUGUCCCCUGGGCUUGCCUGCCAGAUGGGUGCGGGCAGCGGGCAGAAGUGCUGGCCUUUCUCCCUCGGCAGAGGGGGAGCUCACGCCUCGACACCCCAAGCGUGGUCGAUGGUGAUGAACGCUCGGGCGCUCCCCCGACACCCGCUGUCCGGGGAGCUGGCUGCUGCCCCUGCGAGGACCGUGUCACCGUUUCUCUCCGUUCUGCGCGUGGCUUUCUGCUGUGGUCGAGGCAGAGCUGGCGCCCAGCCCCCCCUCUGCCCCCACGCACGUCAGAAGUGCUCGUCCCUUCCCCGCUGGGAGACUAGAGAGGACGCGGCGCAGAACGGCCAGAGAAUGAAAUCUGUACCCUCAGCCGCACUCCCCGGCCCGGGCCGCCACUGCCCUCCCCUCCGUCCCUGCUUCUGCCUGUUCCGGAUGUUUCCCGUGAAUGGACUCAGAUGCUGUCUGUGCUUGGCGCACGUCUCCAGGCUCGUCCAUGGAGCAGCCUGGGCCAGGACUUCGCUCCUUUCUCCGGCUGACGCACAUUCUGUCAUCCGUGUACAGUGCACGUCUGGUUUAUCCGUUCAUCUGCCAGCUGGUUUCAAGUUUUUGGCUGUUAGGCAUCCAAUUUUUAAAGAGAAGAUUGAAACCUGAACUUUAAAAAUCUAUUAAUUGUUAAAUGUUGGCAGCGAAUUUGAAAAAUCAACCACAUGGUUUGGGGGAAUCACGUGGAUCUGAGGGUGCCCAUCUGUGGCCCGAGACCACUGGUUUGCAGCCUCUGGCCAGCUGCCCGGCCCGAGGCCCCCUUGGGUUCCAGUGCACCUGGCAGUGCUCCCAGUGGCUUGGGGAGGAGACCGAGGCCCUGAAAGCCCAGAGAGGCUGUUGGUCCCUGUGGGGUUGCACAGCAAGUGAGGGGCAGGCUCGGUGCUCGUGGCUCCUCAUCCCGGCAGGUCCCGCCCUCUGGACUGUGGCCUUGGCCCCCUGUGGAGAAGUCACCUCUGAAUCCAGCCUCGGGAUAACUCUUGUUAAAAUGUUAGCUUCUCUCUCCCUGUUUUUCCUCCUGGGCACUUGGGGUUUUACAGAGUUGAGACCAUCCCAUAUAUACAGUUUCAUGUAUUCGUAUUUUCAUGGGCACGAGCCUGAGCAUUUGCGGUCGUCAUGGAAACCCGUGGGACACGGCUCCAGCGUCCCAUCACGUGGCGGCCCCGUGGUUUCCUCGGCCCAGUGCCGCAGGUAGAGGGGGUUUAGAAGUUCCAGCACCUGCUGCUGGUUGAAACCUGCUGUCAACAUACUCACGAUGUGGAAGUCUCAGUGUUUUCCCAAGACUCCUCAGCGGUGGUGCUGCCCGGACCUGUAGGAAGUGUCCUCGCCGAGCCCCGGGUGGCCCUUUGCUUCCGUCUCCACCGACGCAGUCCGAGGCAGGGACCGGGCCAGCUUCCGGUCGAGUCUCCGGUUAAGAAAAAAAAAACCUGCUGGUGUGUGUUCUCAGGGCCCCUUUGUCGCCCUGAUAAGUG